AUGUCUAGUGGCAUAAUUUUCGGAUAUGCUGCCCUAAAACCAAUCCUUAUCAAUGAAGCAUCGAACCUCUUUGCUUUACCAAGUGGUUCCAUUUUAGACAAUUAUGGCCCUCGAUUUACCGGCGGAGUUGGUGCUAUUCUCAUUGCUAUGGGGUCCCUUUUAUUUGCAACUGCUUCCCAUUUUCCUUAUGACAGGCAUUUGUUCGGAUAUACUCUCAUGGCAAUGGGUGGUGUAUCUGUUUUUACGUCUUCUUUACAUCUGUCAAACGCUUUUCCGAACCACUCCGGCCUAAUACUGGCUAUUUUGACCGGUGCAUUUGAUCUCUCGAGCGCUCUAUUUUUAGUCUUUCGAAGUGUUCACAGCGCAAGGGCUUCACUGAAGUUUUUAUUUCUUCUAUACCUUGCUGUGCCAGGACUUAUCCUGGUAGCUCAGGUAUUUCUUAUGCCGUCAAGACCAUACAGUACUAUUGGAGAGCUCAUCGGACACAUUCAAGAUAUUUUGGCCGAAGAAAUGGAGAACGAAAGGACUAACGCUGUCUCAGCCCUUGAUCCAGAUCAGCAACCUUCCACAUACCAUGAUACUGUAGACAAACUCAAGGCUGUCCUUGAAGAUGACGACUACGAUCACAUCAAAGAUACCUGGAUGUUUCCCUCGGUGAAGGAAACUAAUUGGAGACAGAAUACCAGCAAUCAAUUAUGGGGCAUCCUACACACCUUGCCGGCAUCAGAGCAAAUUAGUUCAUGGUGGUUUAUUCUACUGGCGGUUUUUGCGAUGGGCCAGUUUCUUCGGAUAAACUAUUUAAUAUCCACCCUCCGUGUACAAUACGAGUACCUCUUAUCUUCUCCCACGCUCGCCAAAUCGUUAAAUCAGCUAUUUGACUGUCUGCUGCCUCUUGGAGGUAUCGUCACUACCCCGUUUAUAGGGUUAUUUCUCGACUAUGCUACAUUACCAUCCAUGCUGUUCCUUCUUGUUGGAGCGACAACCAUUAUCGGCAUUACAGGCUGCAUCCCUAACAAUCUAACUAUGGGAUACGUUAACAUCAUACUCUUCACAUUAUACCGACCCUACUUUUAUACGGCAAUUUCCGACUACGCAGCAAAGAUAUUUGGUUUUCAGACAUUCGGUAAAGUCUAUGGCCUGAUAAUAUUUGCUGCCAGUAUAGGGAGUUUUCUUCAAACUCCGUUGGAAAUGAUCACUUUGAGGGAGUUCAAUGGUGACCCCUUGCCGGUAAAUGUACUACUUACAGCUGGCACAUUUUUGGCUGGAGGAAUUCUUACUCUGUUUGUUUGGCAUAAGUCUAAGCUUUUCCAUUCUUGUUUAGCCCGCAACGUGGAUAUCGAACCAAAUUAUGGCGAUGUACCGAUGGGAAGAUCGAGCGUGGCCAUUGAGGAUGACUAUGCUGCCGUUGAAGAAUAUUAUGCAAGGCCAACUGACCCCCUUCUUCAUUCUUUUGAUAAAACGGGCCACGCUUCAUCUUAUAGUGCCAUACCACAUGAUGCUUAA